UCGAAUGUAUUGGAAACGAGGCUUCGAUCAGCUGUUUAGCAUACGAGAAAAUGUUCUUCUGUUGAGGAUCUCCGCAGAAGACUGAAAUGAAACAAAGACGAUUUUUUUUUUAAGUGAUGGGAGUGUAAACAUUAAACAAUUGACCACCAUGACCAAUCUACACGAGGCUGAGUCUUGCUGGGAAAACUCCCUACCCUCCUUCCAUGGGAACAGAAAACACCAAUCUCUCAACAGCAACUAUGAAGAUGCAGGAAAAUUGCACAACCAAACUUCAGACUCUGGAUUCUUCGAACAACUGAGUUUUGGGGACAAAUUUAAUCUCAGCACAAGUUUGAAAGGGGACCAGUCUCAUGUGUUAGGUUUGGAAGAUCUUGUGAACCAGAUUGUGGAUGAUGACAACUCACUGUUCGCCUUUAACAACAUUUGCAAUUCUACAAGCAAUGCAAACACACUACUUUCUAGUCUUCAAAGUGACAGGAGAGAUGACAGCAGUUUGAGCAGUUUGUGGUCCUCCAGCCUUGAUGAUAGCGGCCUCCAUGAUUCCUCCAACAUCCAGAGUCCACUCACUUUCCCUGCACAAUUCCACAGCACACCAAACUACUGGGAGGAUAGGAGAAGUUCACAGUUACAACAGAGUGGGGCGUUGAAUAAGAGCAGUCUGAGUCAGAACUCAAUGUUACAUAAUGGUACUUCUGUGUCACAGCCUGGUAAUGUUUAUGUUCCACAAAGAAAUGGAAAUGAUGAUAAUACAUACAAUGGUGUGGAAGAACUGAAUAGAUCAUGUGAUGUAAUUGAACGUGGACAUUUUGAUUUUGACUUUUUUAAUUCUCAGACAAGCAGUACUGAUGGAAGAAGAUUGUCAGAACGAAGCAGUGUUUCAUCUCUUGCUUCACAGACAAGCAGACAGUCCUGUGACAGUUUGAUUGAUUUGCAAAAUAUUGUAACAAAAAUGGACAUUUCAGGUCUAGGUGGUAGUUUGCCUCAAAAUCAGUCGCAUGCUAUUUUGAGUAAUUCUGGAGCAAUGCAAGAAUCAUCCUUCCACCCUAUGCCUGCAUUCAAAACCACACAGCUGACAAAGGGCAACAUGCGAUUUUCUGAUGAAAAUCAAAAUCUGAUGAAAAAUGUAAAAUCCAUUGCCGAGCAGUUGUCAAAUUCUUCAGUAAAGAGAGCUUUGACAUUUGUAAAUGACAGCGUGAAUGGCAAACAUGAUAACAUUAGAUACAAUUUUGAAAGAGGAGAGUACUGUGAAAUGUAUUCUCCAAUCAAUGAACCAGAAGGUAGAUUUGUAACUCAACCUAUGAAUAUGAAAGUUUUCAAACCUAUAAGAUCAGCACAACACCUAGUCCAAGAUUCACCAGUAUUAUUGAAGUCAACAGAAGUGAAACCUCCCAUACAGAUUUUGAAGAACCCAUUGACACAAAAUCUCAAAACUGGUGAUCAAAACACGAUGGAAGAGCGUGUUAUGAAAUCAGUCCAUUUAUCUUCCACUAGUUCGCCAACAUUUUUAACACAGACUGCUACACAAAACCAGGCAUAUCUCCAACAGCAGCAAAACACUUCAAAGCUGGGAACGUUUCCAGCAAAUGGAUACACAAAUGACAGUUCGUACACUCUUGCACCUUCAACAGCUUCAACAACCCCAUUACACCUAACAAUACCAAGCCAGCAUAUGCCAAUGCAGGUUUUUACCAAUGGUACCAGCCCAGACUUUAUUCGCCAUGCCCAGAUACCAAUGGCCCCUCCACACCCUCAACUUCUGAAGUAUGGAUCCAAAAUUCCGUACAUGUUUCCUCCAGGGACAUUGUUAUCCCAACCAGUUAUUCCUCCGGAUGGCUAUGAUCUGGUGGCCAUUGAUGCGUUUGGUCGUAUGAUUCCAGUACAGUACACUGACAUGGUUUAUGAGAUGCCGCCCAGAUAUGUGCAAGGAUGCCAGCCAAUGCUCUCAACAAUGAAAAUGCAGCGGAGAAGUGGUCCAGCCAAUGAAUUGCAUACAAAGCUUGAGGAGUGCUACGACCAGUAUAAGCAGAUGGAAACUGAAAGGAAAAAGACUGAGGCUGAGCUGGCUAGACAGAAUCCAGGCAAGAAGGUGUCCAGUGCCAACAACAUCGUGGUGCCCCGCCUCCCUGCCAACCCUUCACGUGUUGAUAGGCUUAUAGUGGACUCCUUCAAAGAACAUGCUAGGAUAAUAACACUGGUUGAAAAAAUGGAGCGUUUACGAGAGUUGAACAUCCACCCAAGUGUACACUCAGCCCUGGAGCGCUGGCUGGAGGGGAUACGUAAGGUUCAGGCACGACGAAAGGAAGAGAUUGUUAAUGCUGCCAACCGGCACCGCAAUGGGUCCACUAGGAAUGACAAUGAGAAAGACAUCACUGCUCUAGCUGCUGCCAUUGCUGAGUUGACCAUGCUUACCCGUAAAGCGCGCACAGCCAAUUGGUGUGCCCUGCAGAUGGCCACUCUAGAUAACCCGGACCUCUCACACAUGGGCAUUGUUCUCCAGAAACAGGACGGGGUUAACAUCUACAGGGUCCAACAGCCAACAAUGACAUUGGCUCCAAGACCCAAUUCCCAGUAAAACGGACCAGAGUUUGCUUCUUUAGUUGUACAAAGCUCUUUGAGUCAUUCUGGCUCUUUGGCCUUAUACUCAGUGAAAUUCUUGUCUGAGGAUGUAAAUAGGACCACAGCUGGCAAUAACUGGCGGUUACACUUGCCACAGGACCAAAUUUUUAGCAGUUCAUGUAGGUGUCUGCUUGUCAAUAUGAGCAUUAGUUUGAUUUGUCUCUAUAUAUUUUCAAUGCUAUGUUUUUACCUUGCUUUCGAAGGCCUUAUCAUGAUAAUUGUUUUGUAAGCUUACAGUUCUAAAUACUGAAGUAGUGAUGACUUUUGGUGUAUUUUUUCCUUUAUGUUGUUAGUAGGAAUUGUGUUUAAGAUCAUUAAAUGAUCACAUAGAGAUAGAUUUUUAAAGUGGCACAAUCACAUAGAGAUAGAGUUUUAGAUUGCUUGAUCACAUAGAGAUAAAGUUUUAAAGUGGCAUGAUCACAUAGAGAUAGAGUUUUAAGGUGGCAUGAUCACAUAGAGAUAGAGUUUUAAAGUGGCAUGAUCACAUAGAGAUAUAGUUUUAAAGUGGCAUGCUCACAUAGAUGUAGAGUUUUAGGGUGGCUUGGUCACAUAGAGAUAGAGUUUUAAGAUGGCAUGGUCACAUAGAGAUAGAGUUUUAAUGUGGCAUGGCCACAUAGCGAAAGAGUUUUAUAGUGACAUGGUCUUAUUUGUGAUGUAUUUUUUUGUAUCCGAAUCACGGUUAAGCUGAGGCAGUAUUAAUUAGCAAAGACAGUUUUGUUCAAAUAUGAUUGUAUCAGAAUUCAUGAUACAAUAAGUUGUAUUUUCAAGUUGAUGAAUUAGGAGUGUGUAUUUUACAAGAUAAUAUUUAUAAUUCUAAUAAGACAAAAUUAUCAAAUAUGUUCAUAAGUUUCAUCCUUUUUGCCAUGCAUUUCAACCCUUUCAACCAAAGAUCUGACAUUGUUUGGGCAUAUUCUACAGUUAUUAUUUGCUUCUUAGCAACUUGGAAUGUUAUUGGAAUGAUAUGUUUUUGAUCAACUGCUUCAGGUCAUUAUUCUUAAUGAUUUAUUGUUGAUUGGAUACAAUCUGCAUUUUAGAAAAGAUAAUCAUUGCUCAUGUUUUUGAUCUGAUUUUGAGACAUGUCAUAUUCAUGUACUUCAUCACUCAUAAUAUGUUGUUGUUAUGUACAGAGUUACCAUUUGUCUAUUGUAACAAGCUUGAUAUCUCAGUGUAAAGUUGCUUUCUUCCUUGUAUAGUGUAUGCAAUAGCACUGUUGAUCAUGUUUCUUCCAUAUUGUACAUAAUAUACAUUUAUAACUUUACACUUUUUCUCUUGGUGCAUUUGAAAUGAGAUUUCCUAUUAAAGACAUUGCACAUACAGCUUUAUUUCUGUCAGUGUUUUGAUCACAUUGUGUCUUUUAGCGUAGUUUUAUCUGUUUGAAAAAAAGGGCUUAUAAUCUAAAAUCAUAUAAUAGUUCCCAUACCGACCUGUGUGCUGCAAGGCUAUAUAAUAGUGCUCCUCAGUGGUUCCUGAAUAGUUGCAGGCCUAUGCUCACUUAUUUUUUUUGAAAAACUAUCAUCUUUACAUGUAUUGCCUCAUCAAAAUCUGUUUCUUUUGCCCAUACAUAUAAUAAUUGAUUUCAAUCAGUAAAAAAGGUAAUUUAUUUCACUUGAUAAGUUUAUUUAUUUCUAUAUGAGCUACUCUAAUACCAAACAUGUCUAGAGGUAACUCUGUGCAUUAAAUUUGGUGUUUUUGGCCUCACCAUUAAGAAAAGUCAUCUGAGAAUGGAAACUGUAUACUUUAAUUUGUUGGCAAAUUGCUAUAUAAUUUAUAAAACCUGUGUACUGAUUUUUUUUUUUGAAUUUAUUGUCUUUCACAUUAUUCAAAACAGUAUUGCUUUCAGAUUAUAUAUUCUACCUAGUCAUUUAUGAUCUAUGAUAUUGAAACUGUUGAGUGACCAUUGUCAUUAUUUAAAUUGACAUUAUAUUAAGCAUUCACAAGAAUAUAUUCCACAGAAUGUGUCAGAUAUUUGAGUUCAUGGCUCUUUAUAAGUAAUAAGUCAAACAUUUCUCAGGCGUUUAUUUGUUUGGCUUCAUUUUCAGUAACAUCCAACUUUUAUAAAUGCUUGGAUGUUUUCCUAUGUAAGACACUUAAGUUUUCUAACAAAACCUAUUAAGUAUCUUUUUGUUUUUGAUUGUUUUUGAAGUUAAAAAAAACCACUUUAACAUUGCAUAUAACAAAACAUUAACUGAUAAUAUUUUGGCAAUACUACCAUUAUUUUACAUAUAAUACAAUAAAGUAAAUUGUGUAUAGAUUCUCAUUAUUAAAGUAUCCUUCUGUUCUAAAUUCUUAAAAGAAUAUUAUAUUGUUAAAUAUGUUGAUAACAUGAAAUUAAUGAACAACUGAUACUCUCUAUUUUUGAGGUCAGAACAUUUUCCCAGAAUGGCUGGAUUUGAUGGAAACUAUAUAAAUGUGCUGAUACAUAUUGUUUGUUUGCUUUAACUGUAUUUGAGUGUAUAUAUAAAAGUGCUUAAGACUGUACAUAUGUGUUUAUUACAAUGUGUAAUACCCUUAACUGUGAUAUUUAGUGCUGUGAUUAUCUAAAAUAUAAUGCUGGUAGAAUGUAUUAUACAUUGAGGCUUUUGAGAGCUUAUAACAAACAGGUCAAUUUAAUGUUUGGACAUGGCCAAAAUUAUGAUCUCAUGUUUAUUACAAAAUUUUAAGUAUCCUAAAUAAUUUUCAUUUAGCAAAUAUUUUUGUAAACCUGUGUAUUGACUAGAAAUGUAUUUAAAAACUAGUACAGAUAAAAAUUAGUUAAACGUAAGAUUGUAAAAAUACUUGAAAUAGAUUAAGUUAAUUUUACUAAUGAUACUACUUGAAGAAAUUUUAAGGUAAUGCAUCCAUCAUAAAAACUUCAAAAUUGCUACUGGUAAAGUUUCAUUUUGAGGUUUGAAUAUUUGUUAAGUUUUCACAGAGAGCUUUUUAUAUAAGCAUUAUGGUGUUUAAAAAAUAAAAAUAAAAAGUGCUAUGGAAUGAUAGUAAAUUUUGUAUUAUCACCUCCCUUUGAUAUAUCAUUUCAUAAAAGUAGCAACAUAUUGGCGUUGAUCAAAAAUAAAAUACAUGCAAAAGUAAUAUAAUGGUUAAUCAGUUGUAUGAAUUAAACAUAGAAAUGAUCUCGAUGUUAAUAUCUAAAAUGCACGAACAUAUCUUUGCAUCCUAAUGAUGGAUGGUUUACCUUAAAAUAGAUCAAUAUGAUUAAGUUAAAUUCAGUAUUUAUAAUGCAAGAAUAGCAAAAAUAAUAAUGCCUUAGUGACAUUAGUGAAGUCUUACCUUGGAACUUUGCUUAUGUAAUAUAGUCAUACAUGUAGCUUUUGUUUACUGCUGAAAAGCGUUUAUUUUUUAUUUGAGAUGAUAGCAAUGAAUUGAUUAUGAUGCACUCCAUACAUUUUUGUUACAUAUUAUUAUUCUGUGUUAUAUAGCUUUUUGGUGUCAGAGAAAGAUUACAUUUUAAUGCUGUUGCUUAAAUAGUCUGUGAUUAAAAGUUUUAGUUUAUUAUUGCUUUAACAGUAUAUUAGAUACAAUGUACCUUUGUUGUUGAACAUGGUUUAUGUAGAUUUUCAUCUCUUGUGCACAAUUAUUUCUCAGGUAGCAGUGUACUAUGUAGUUAUAAUAUGUUUACAUAUUGUUGUGUUUGUUCCUAAUUUCUGCAAUAUUAAUUAUGUUGUAUUUUCCUCUUUGAUGGCAUUUACGGUAUCAUCCUUUCUUUCAUGUUUUCUUCAUCAUUGUUAAGACCUUGUAUCUUACAUUUUCAUUUGAGGACAUAUUACAUAGGGACAUAAUCGUUUCAACUGUAUCAUUGUAUUUGUACAUGUAGUUGGUGUUUAUUAUUGGAUUAUAGUUAAAGCCUAUUAAGAAAUGGAGCUAGAAUUGUUAUAGUUAUAGUUACUUUUAUGUUAGACCUUUAAACUGUAUUUUGCGCUUCAGGUACCUAUAACGGGCACAAGGUUUCCUAUUUUAGCACGGACGUGUAUUCAUUGUUGUUGUUUACUAUAUACAAGUAACAAGUAUAUUCAGCAUUAAGUGUUUUGAUGUAUUGCGUCUCCACAGUCUUUUAAACCUAGAUGGUUGAAAAGACCAUGUUUCGAUCAUAGAAUAUUUUCACAAUCAUGACAUACAUGGUUAGUCCAUGCCAAAGUGAUUAUAGGUUUAGGCGUCAUCUGGCAAUAACCAAAUUAUCAACUGUUUUCAUAAUUCAAAUAUAGAAAUGAUAACCAAAUUUAGGAAGCUUACCAUAUAUAAUAAUGAAAGUAUAUAAUGAGUCAUAAAUAGUUUUUUUUGUGAACCUGCAACUGUUUUUUCUACAUUGCUGGCUUGCUGUUUGAACUUUUGGACUGCCUCCAGACUACCUGCUGUAUAAAUCUUGGAGGUUAAAUUAAUGAUGAUACUGGGUAUGCUUUUUUACAACAAUUGUUUGGUUUUUCUUGCCAGCAAGACAGGUUUGAAUAUUAGAAGUUUGGAACCCAACAUUAAUCUAUUAUGGCCUUAUGCGACGGUAGAUUUUUAUCCUGAGAUGGUAGAUUUUUAUCCUGUUGUACCGUUUAAAAUUCUUGACUUUUAUGUAUGGCAUUUGUUUUUUGUCACAUUACAGCAUCAAAGUAUAAAAUCUUCAUCCACAGUUUGUCAUUUAUAAUGAUUGACAGCUUGGCAUUGGUAAUCUAUUAAAGCUUGAAAGCACAGUUAAGGAAGUAAGUUUUAAAAAAAUAUUUUAAAAAAUGAAAUAGUUAUGUCUCAUAGUCGCCUUUGUGAAAUAUUUUGUUUUUCUCAUUCAGUUUAGAUCUCUACAAAAGUCAAUGAUCAUUUGUUCUAAUAUAAUUAUUAGUUUAAUUUAACAGUUUUAAAGAAACUUUCUGACCUAUAAUUUCACCACAUAAAGAUAAAAAAAUAUAAUGGCCAUACUGGUUACUGAUUUAUACAAUGAUACUUAAUUAAGAAAUAUCAUCCUGCAAUUUUUUCUUGAAGAAAAAACUUCAUUUUGUUAACUGAAGAAAGUGAUACAAAUAACCAUUCUUAGUAAAGAACCAUCAACCUCGAUAAAGUAUUCUAUAUUUAUUAGUGAAGCGAUAUUAAAAAGUACGUUGAUUUGGAGUAAAGUUCAUUAUUGUAAAAGAGAAAUAGUAUUUUUAGUUAACUAGCCAUAGUUAUGAUGUUAGAAUAGCAUUAAAUAUCUUAGUGUUCCUAUUCAUUUCUUUAUAAUAAUAGAGUAUACAGACUACGAGAUAGCUGGCUAUCUUGAAUUACAUUUUAAUUUAUGUACAUACAGGGCUGUAGAUAGUUUAUAAUGAAAUAGAAGUCUAAUGUAGUUAAUAUCUACUGUAUUGCUAGUUAUCGACUUUUCCUUACAUAGUUUUAAACUUCCUUACAUCGAGUGUAAGUUUCAAUGGUACUCUCAAAAUCAUGUUUUUGUGACACAGUUGUAUGUUGUGUCUACAGCUUUAAGGAGAAAACGAUAGUACCAAAGUUUUUGUCUUACAGCUUAGGGUAAUAGGUGUGCUAAGAAAAUAGAAGUGCUUUUAUGAUUUGUAAAAUUCAAAAUUAUGUCAUAUCAGAAUAGUUUUUAAAUAUCAAUGUUAUGUUGAACUUUUUAAAGAUUUUUUUUCUGAUGUUUAGGAUAUACAGACAUAAAACAUGUAUGAAUAUGACUUAAGUUGAUACAGUAAUUAGAAAUAAUGCAAAACUAUAAUUUAUGAGUAAACCACAUAUGUGCCAUAUCUUGAAUGCUCAGAAAUGAAAUUUGCUGCGUUGAAAAUAACACCCAAGUCUUGUAAUUUUGGCCUUAUAAUGUUUGUAUUAGAUUUUUUAUGGCCUACAAUCCAAUGCAAUGAAAAUAAGGGGUUGUUUUAUCAAAUGAAGAUUGUAUAUAAUUAUAGAAAGAUUUACCUUGAUGUUCAGAUUUAUUGUUAGAAAGGUUAUAACAGUUGGGUUUAUUUACUAAUUUAUUUAUUCUCUUUAUUACUAUGCUAGUUCACCUUUAUCUUUUUUAUUUGAAAAAUAAAUCUUAAAACCUA